GAUGGUGGUCAAUGACCAGAGAAAGAAGAAGGUGCCACAGAGAAAGCGAAGGACGAGGAGGCGGCAGACUAAACUUCCCUAUGAGGACUUGUUAGACGAGAUAGUGUGGGAGAUCUUAAUCAGGCUUCCCGUGGAAUCACUGGUGAGAUUCAAAUUGGUCAGCAAGGCCUGGCGCAGUAUCAUCUCGGAUCCUGUUUUUGUUCGUGCGCACCUCCAUUACUCCAAACAGAAACAUGACAGCCCGUUAUCCUUCCUUAUAAUCCCCCAGAUCUAUCUGGAACCGGAUCCUUCCCACAUUGUCUCCACCAACAUCCGCUUCUACCACUGCUCUUUACAACAACAACAACAACAAGAUGAUACAAUGAGUGGUAGUGCAAGCGCAUCACUCCUUUACGGGAAGCACUUCGAGGCCGGUGAGUUUGAGUUGGUGUCCCAAAUGGCACACUGCGAUGGCCUGGUGUUGCUACCCACCGACACCAACACCUACAUUUUUAACCCUGCCAUGAGAGAUGUCGUUGAGCUGCCAAAGAGCCACUGCAACAUCGUGCAAAAUUUAGUCGUUCCAAUUGGAUUUGGCCUUGAUGCUUCCACGGGUAGAUACAAGGUUGUACGCUCUUUCUACUAUUCCAUCUACCAUUCCAGCGAUUGCCAUCACACUGCAAUGGGAAUGGAAGUGUUCACCAUUAAUGAUGGCCAAGAUGGAUCUUGGAGGGAAACCUUGAUUCAUCCACCCGCCCUUAUCUUGCGUGCUCAGACUGCCAUACACUGCAAGGGAUGUCUAUUCUAUUACAUCGAUAGAAAAAGCCACACAUGCGCCACACGGGUGCUACUCCGUUUCAGCUUGUGGACGAAACAUUUGGUUUCACUCCAUUGCUUCCUAAUAUGUACACUCAAGUCGAAGAUGAAGAUAUCAUGGUCCAUGAACUCGAUGGGGAAUUAUGCGCUACCUUCUUUUCAAAGGUCUAGAGGCGAGUAUUGAUAUGGAUGACAAACGACAUCCAAGAUCCACAAUGGAAGUGUCAUCGUAUAAUCAA